CACAGAGAGCCGUUCACGUAGUGCUGUUAUGGCAGAUGCGUCGUUUACUUAGUUCUGGAUGGCUGGUUGAAUUAGAUUGCAAAUUCUGCUUUACUCGCAUUGAAAUGAACACCAUAUCUUGGUGAAAAGACCGAGGAAGUAGUUCUGUGUUUCUUGAGCACAAAUGGUCAAAGGCUGACUACUCUUGCAAAACACCAGGGUUAUUCUUUGUCUCACUUGGGCUAUGUGCUGUGUAGACAGUCUCUGGAUUGUUUUGGAUAAAUUAACCCAGGAAUUGAAAGCUAGCUCGGUUAGCUAGGUGUGAUGAGGGACCGUUUGGCUGAUCUGACAGUGAUCUGCGGACACGAGGGCGGUGAUGUCACACUCCGAGGGGGGCAGGACUUCUUCAUGGAGGGAUUUUUCAGAGAGGUGCAGGAGACCCGAGGGCUGGUUGAUGGGAUCUCCUCUAAGGUGGAGGAGGUGAAAAACAAACACAGCUGCGUUCUGUCCGCACCGGAUCCUGACGAGAGAACGAAGGCGGAACUGUCACGGCUCAAUGAGGAGAUCAAGAGGGACGCCAGCACCGUGCAGGACCGCUUAAAGGCCAUGCAGGCGGAGCUGUCCCAGGACGAGAAUGCAGUCGGGGCAUCGGUGAAUCCCCGCAUCCAGAAAUCCCAGCUCUCCGCGCUGUGCCGCAGGUUCGGGGAGGUCAUGACCCUGUACAACGAGGCGCAGGUGUCCUUCCGGGAGAGGAGCAAAGGCCGAAUUCAGAGACAGCUGGAGAUAACGGGAAGAGUGACCACGAACGAGCAGCUGGAGGCCAUGCUGGAGAGCGGCAAUCCUGCCAUAUUUGUGUCAGGCGUGAUGUCAGACUCCCAGAUCUCCCGCGAGGCCCUGAGCGAGAUCGAGUCCCGGCACAAAGACAUCAUCCAGCUGGAGUCCAGCAUCAGGGAGCUGCACAGCAUGUUCCUGGACAUAGCCCUGCUGGUGGAGACGCAGGGCGACAUGACCAACAACAUCGAGAAGAACGUGUCCAGCGCGGCGGAGUACGUGGGCCGCGCAGUGGGGGAGACCAAAAAAGCCGUUCGCUACCAGACCAAAGCCCGCCGGAAAUACAUAAUAAUUGCCAUAGUUGUGCUGGUCCUGCUUGCUCUACUUGCUCUUAUCAUUGGUCUGUCUGUGGGACUCCCUAAACCAUAGUCCAACCCCACUCCCUCGUCUAGAAAGCGUUCUCUCUUGCUAUUUGUGUUGUUGUGGGCCUUGCUGUUUCAGCCGUAGUCAUCGUCGGUACAGCAGCAAUUAAGGAGCAGGUGUGUCUGCCAAAAAAAAAAAAGAAAGAACAAGAAGGAAUACACGAACAGUGG